CACACUUUAACAUGUAUCAAAACACUGGCCAUUUCCCUAUUACACAGGCUUUAACAGCGAUCAAAUCAAGCAAUAAAAUUCUUUUUUUGGGAUUUCUUUUCGAUUCAGAAAUCAAGCCUCACAGUGGACCAUCUGUUGAUCAGCUAAACAUCGAUUGCAACAGGUUCUUGUGUUCUGUGCAGGGUAUGUUUUGGCCAGUUGCCUGUCUGCUUUAAAACAAGGGUUCAAAAGUCCUCGGCUGACUCACCAUUGGCAGUCCGGAGAGACAGUGUGGCAAACUGCCUCUCUCGCAAGUACAGUCUACAACACUGUGCAGAGUUGCUUAUAACUACUCUCUGGAAGAGAUAAAGUUAAUUUCUCACUGUAAAUGAAAGGCUUCCUGUCGAUUGUGCACUAGGCUGCAUCAGGUUUCAGUAUCGAUGACUGAGGAGAUCAACAUGACUUACAUCAUCAGCUCCCUGUUGAUGAUGCGACAGCAUUAAACUCCUCUGCCUUCACCAUGUCUGUGUAUCCCGAGGAAGACAGUCCUCUACUUCAGCUGCAGGAAGUGGACUCCAGCAGGAUGGGAGGUCAUGUCCUCUCUCCUGCCUUUAACUCCUCUUCUCCAUCUCUUUCGGUGGAGAGCCAACCCAUCUGCAUCCCAUCACCUUACACAGACCUCGGCCAUGACUUCUCCACUGUGUCCUUCUACAGUCCCGCUCUGCUGGGUUACGGCGCAUCGCCUCUGUCCGACUGCCCAUCAGUGCGGCAGUCGCUAAGCCCCUCCCUCUUUUGGCCACCUCAUAACCACGUUUCCUCAAUUGCAUUGCAUCAGCAACAGACUCUACUACAACAAAACCAUCCAACUGGUGGGAGUUGGACAGAACUUACACCACAUGAUCAUAGCGAAGAGGAAAACUGCAAACCUCUGGUGAAGAGAGUUGCAGAUGCAGAGGAGACUUCUGCCUCUUUGAGAGGUAAAGCUGACAUGCACUACUGCGCAGUCUGUAGCGAUUAUGCCUCUGGGUAUCAUUAUGGCGUGUGGUCAUGUGAAGGAUGCAAAGCCUUCUUCAAGAGAAGUAUACAAGGACACAAUGACUACAUCUGCCCUGCCACCAACCAGUGCACCAUCGACAAGAACCGCCGCAAAAGCUGCCAGGCCUGCCGUCUGCGAAAAUGUUAUGAAGUUGGAAUGAUGAAAUGUGGGUUACGCCGAGAUCGUGGCAGCUACCAACAAAGAGGAGCACAUCAGAAGCGAUUGGCACGAUUCUCUGGCAGGAUGAGAACAUGUGGCCCAAGAUCCCAAGAAAUCAAAAGUGUCCCACGUCCCCUCUGUGGAAGUAAGGUGGCUAGCAUAGCGUUGAGCCCCGAGGAACUAAUCGCUCGAAUCAUGGAUGCAGAGCCACCCGAGAUUUACCUCAUGAAUGACGUGAAGAAGCCAUUCACUGAGGCCAACGUCAUGAUGUCACUGACCAACCUGGCUGACAAAGAGCUUGUUCACAUGAUCAGCUGGGCCAAGAAGAUCCCAGGUUUUGUGGAGCUCAGUCUUUUUGACCAGGUCCAUUUGUUGGAGUGCUGCUGGUUAGAGGUGCUGAUGCUGGGACUGAUGUGGCGGUCCGUUAAUCACCCUGGAAAGCUCAUUUUCUCCCCAGACCUCAGUCUCAGCAGGGACGAAGGCAGCUGUGUGCAGGGGUUUGUGGAGAUCUUUGAUAUGCUGCUGGCAGCCACGUCCAGGUUCAGAGAACUGAAGUUGCAGAGAGAGGAGUAUGUGUGUCUCAAAGCCAUGAUCCUGCUCAACUCCAACAUGUGCCUGAGUUCGUCGGAGGGAGGAGAGGAGCUGCAGAGCCGGUCGAAGCUGCUGUGUCUGCUGGACUCGGUGACGGAUGCUCUGGUGUGGGCCAUCUCCAAGACGGGCCUGAGCUUCCAGCAGCGCUCCACCAGACUAGCUCAUCUGCUCAUGCUGCUCUCCCACAUAAGGCACCUCAGUAACAAAGGCAUGGACCACCUCCACUGCAUGAAGAUGAAGAAGAUGGUUCCUCUUUAUGACCUGCUUCUGGAGAUGCUGGAUGCUCAUAUCAUGCACAGCUCCCGUUUGUCUCACUCCGGCCCUCGAGCGGCUCCCGCUCCCAAAGAGAGCAAAGCCGUCCAGGAGCCCUUCGCCUGCAUUUCACAGCAUGGAGCGACCUUAGGACUCUAAACCAUUUCUGCGCUGAAGAAUGAUCUAUAGUUUCGGAGGAAUGGACAACAAAAAGAGUGGAAUAGGAUUUCUCAAGAUGAAAAACUAAAUUGUCCUUUUUUUUUUUUUAAAUUGGUGUUUGCUGUGAAAUUCUCAGUUUUUACUGAACUCAUUCGGAGCACAAUUGUUUGGUUUUAUGUAGCUGGAACCACAAAGAAAGAAAAUUACAAAUUUAAAUGAAAUUUGUAACAUGCUGGGAGAAAUCUGACAGCGUCGCCACAUGCACCCAUUGCCAUGAAAACUGCGCCACAAUCAAAUGUACAGUUUCUACUUUACCAUUUUCUCUCGCUCUUUGUAAAAGAAAAACAGCAUCACACUGAUGCCCUCAUCAACUGUAGCACAUGCUGUAGGAUAGAGCAACCAUUGAUGACACAAACGGAUCAGAUUCCUUCACUCACCAAACGACAGUAUGGAGCGUCAUUGCUAACAAUGAGAGGUUUCCAUGCAGACUACAUUCUGGACCAAAGGCUCAGAAGAACUGAAUCAAGCCUUUUUUUUUCUGUCAGGACAAGGACUUAUGAAUGUCACACUGCAGUAAUAGAGGACAGUUGGAUGUUUUGUGUGCAUCUAUUACUUUUGACAAAACAGAUCAAAAUUGGUUUAAAAAACAAACCGCCGCCUUUCGUCCUGCUCUCCAUCCAGUAAACCCCUUUAACACCAUAAGGGCCUUGUACAAAACCUUUAUACAUUUUCUAGAGACAGCUCAAUCUAUUGCUACUGUUCCACUGUGAUAACCUUUGUUUGCAAGAUGCACCAAAACUACCAAAAAAAGUACUUGUGACAUUGCACUUUAAUAGUUCUCUGAAAUAUCUGAAGCCUGAGACUCAAGAGAAAUGAAAAUAUUGCAGUGCCUACAGUGAUUAUACCCUAUACAUUUUGGUUCAAGAUUACUUUAAAGAUUAGAAGCAAAAAAUAGAUGUUACAAGUACUUAAUUUUAAUAAACGCACAAAGUGUUGUGUUAAUGUUAUUGUAUCUACCAGCAGCCAUCUGAAUUGUUACUGUUUUGAUAUGAAGCACUAAUACUGAUUUUACCGUUUUUUGGCAACUAAGCAUUAAAGACCAGAUGUAAUACAGA